AUGUCGCCUAAUUUACUACUGCUCAUAUUUGGCGUCGAGCUUUUCAUCCACGUGGUCAACUCUGUCGGCGCCACGACGAUUAACAGCUUGAUCUGGGGCAUAGCGAACCGUUUUCCGAUACGGACGUCGAAACUAGUCGUCGAGAACCGAAAGCUACAAAAGGAAUACCUCAAGGUCCGCCUCGAGCUCAAUGCUACGAGCAGUCAAGACCAAUUUGCCAAGUGGGCAAAGUUGAGAAGGCAACAUGAUAAGCUCCUCGAGCAGCUAGAGAAGAAGAAGGCCGAGACGACCGCGACCAAAUCCAAGUUCGACAACGGCAUCAAUGUGGCUAGGAUCCUCCUCACCAAGGCGCCUCACUUCAUCCUCCCCAUGUGGUAUGCUAAGGAGCCCAUGUUUUGGCUUCCCCAAGGCCUCUUCCCGCAUUACGCGGAGUGGUUCCUCUCUCUACCUAAAGCCCCGCUGGGAAGUGUAAGCAUUCUUUCAUGGCAGGUAGCGUCUACCGUCAUUAUCAGCCUCGUCUCCGAAGCCCUUGUCUCGCUGUACACUCUGGUGUCCUCACCGGCGGCCAAGCAGGGCAUCCGCGGCCUCGCCAUCUUCUUCGGCCCCGUCCUUCUCCCGAAAGCGAUAUCGUACUACCGCCAGAUUAAAAACGCCCCACGCGCUCAUGGCGUAUCCAUACAGGCGUUGCCCGCCCCGGCCUCGCGAGCCCUCGGCAUCCUCUUCGCGGCCGUUCUCUCUCGGCUCCAGAUCCCCACCGAUGUCCUCUUCAAUCGCCUCGCCAGCUUGCGCGACGCCGGUAUCCUCACACCUGACGAUGAGGCGCUCCGCGCCCGCUUCGUGAGCAUGGAGUCCCGCCUCCUAUACCUAAAGUACGGACCCGAUGUCUUGGCCGGCUGCACGUUCUGCAUCUCGGACGACCCUAAAGUCUACUACUUUUAUGCUCUACCCUCUCUUUUAGCCCCGCAUCUCUUGAACCUUUUCGCCAUUGCCCUCGUCACCUCGCGACCCGUGUCCGAGCAGUACGGCGGCAAGUGGAGAAAGCUUGCCACCAUGACCGCUGCCGCGAUCGCGGGGCUCGACCUCUACCUGGUGAACGCGUAUAACCACCAACUCAACUCCCGAGCUCUUCGUGUGGCCGAUGUCGAAAAUUUCUUCUGGCGCGCCCGCGUCUAUCGGUACCUCGCCCUUGCUCUCCUCGAUGCCGCCCUCGCUUGGCUCACCUACCUCUCCUCCACGAAUCGGGCAUUCACCCAACCCCCAUCCCCGGCCGAGCGUGCUGAGAGAGCGGUGCUCCUCAUGAACCAGGUCAAGGGCAAGCUCAAUGCCCUUGGCACCGUCAUGAACGCGGUCUCCCGUGACGACGAGCUUAGGCGCCAGAAUGCCGUCUAUUGGGUCCAGGAAGGUAGCCUUAUGCGUACCGUUAUGGAAGAGAGGGAGGUCAUUGAGAGCGUGAACAACGCCCUCGAGAACGGAAGGCUCAACGUUUCUGCAAUUUCCAAAGAUGCCGAAACAUACGCUCAGCUUAUCACUUCCAGCUUAGACAGCGGGGCUGGCGAGGCCGAAGAGGCGAAGAAGGACAAAUAA